GCAGCUGUUCUGGCUCGAGCCGCUCGGCCUCAGGGCUUCUUUCUCCAACCAGUGAGAGCGGGGAGCAUGGUGGCCACCGCGCUGCGGACACGAGCGCUGGCGGCCGCGGCGCUCGCGGCGGCUGCCGCGACGGCCGCGGAUGGCUCGGCGCCAGUGCCCGCCGUGCCGCCGCCGGUGCCGACUGCGGCCACGACUACACCGCCAGUGGCGACUUCACCGCCGAAGCCACCGCCGCAGCCAGCGCCGACUCGGGCACCCACCGGAGCCCCAGCGCCAGCGCCUGGCCCUUCGCCAGGCCAGGAUGCGACGCCGACGCCGCCGGCAGUUCGUCACACGUGGAACGAUUGCUUGUGCAAGGCCAGCUGGGAGCAGGGUGGCGUGACAUGCAGCGAUGGGUGCUGCAACCUUGACGACGACGAAUGGGGUGACUAUUGCUAUGUGGAGGAUCCCGAGUGCGAGGAUUUCGAGUGGGGCUAUUGUAGGCCAGAGACUAUGACGAGACCCGGGUGCACGGAUUAUCCACCAGGUUGGUCCGAUUCUGACGGUGAUGAGUGCUACUCGUACGAGUUCAACGAGUUCUGCACGGCUUCAGGUGGUUACGGCGCUGGGUGGGACCAGAGUUGGGGCACUUUCGGGUCCUUCACCAUAGGUGGGUACGACGCGUCCACUGCUUGCUGCUCCUGCGGCGGCGGCAGUGGCACCAACCAGGGUUACAACGACAACCGGUGCGCUGACACCGAGGGCUGGACGGACAAAGAUGGAGACGACUGCUUUGUUUACUCCCAGUACUUCUACUGCACCACCGCAGGGCAGCCAGGCACUGGGUGGCACGCUGAGUGGGGCACGCUCUCCGACUUCAAUUUGGGCGGAGAGAGCGCCGUCGAGGCGUGCUGCGCAUGCGGCGGCGGCAAGAAUGGCAUAUACGCCGGCACUCAGUAUACGCCCACGCCCGACGACGACACCGCGGGGGUGGAGGUGCCGAGCGGUGUCGCGUGGGCCGUCGUUUCGGGCCCGUGCACGAAGGACAGCAGCGAUUGCAUCCUGAGUCCGAACUACCCGAACACCUACGGGGACGACGAGAAGUGCGUCAUUGGGGUGAACGUCGACGAAAUAUCGUACGUCACCGCUGAGACGUUCUCUACGGAGUGGGGCUACGACGUGCUGAAGAUCAACGGUCAGACCUACAGCGGCACCGUGGGUCCAUAUUUUGUCAAGCCAGUGGCCGCCAUCGUUUGGUCAAGCGAUUCUGAGCUGGGUGGGACGGGAUGGAGGCUUUGCACGGAGGCGACGCCGACCCCGCCAGCAUUUCGGCACACGUGGACCGACUGCAGGUGCAAGGCCAAUUGGGACGAGGAUGGCCAAACAUGCAACAAUGGAUGUUGCAACCUUGACGGCGACCCCUGGGGUGACUACUGCUAUGUGGAGGAUCCCGAGUGCGAGGACCAAGACUGGGGCUAUUGUAGGCCAGAGACUAUGACGACACCCAGAUGUAUGGAGUACCCAUCAGAUUGGUCCGAUUCUGACGGCGACGAUUGUUAUGCGUACGAGUUCAACGAGUUCUGCACGGCUUCAGGUGGUUACGGCCCCGGGUGGGACCAGGGUUGGGGCACGUUCGGGUCUUUCGCGAUGGGCGGUUACGACGCGUCCACCGCCUGCUGCUCCUGCGGCGGCGGCAGCGACAUCAACCAGGGAUACAACGACAACCGGUGCGCUGACACUGAUGGUUGGAGGGACACAGACGGAGACGCUUGCUCUGACUACUCCCAGUUUUCCUACUGCACCACCACAGGGCAGCCAGGCAUUGGGUGGCACGCUGAGUGGGGCACGCUCUCCGACUUCAAGGCGGGCGGAGAGAGCGCCGUCGAGGCGUGCUGCGCGUGCGGCGGCGGCAAGAAUGGCAUAUACGCCGGCACUCAGUAUACGCCCACGCCUAACGACGAAACCGCGGGGGUGGAGGUGCCAAGGGGUGUCGCGUGGGCCGUCGUUUCGGGCCCGUGCACGAAGGACAGCAGCGAUUGCAUCCGGAGUCCGAACUAUCCAAGGACUUAUGGGGACAACGAGAAGUGCGUCAUCGGGGUGAACGCCAACGAGAUAUCGUACGUCACCGCCGAAAAGUUCUCCACGGAGUGGGGCUACGACACGCUGAAGAUCAACGGCCAGCUCUACAGCGGCACCGUGGGCCCAUAUUUUGUCAAGCCGGUGGCCGCCAUCAUCUGGUCAAGCGAUUCGGAGUUGGGUGGGACGGGGUGGCGGCUCUGCCAGGAGGCGACGCCGACGCCGCCAGCAACGCGUUACACUUGGUCCAACUGCAGGUGCAAGGCCAACUGGGACGAGGAUGGCCAGACAUGCAGCGAUGGAUGCUGCAACCUUGACGGCGACACAUGGGGUGAUUACUGCUAUGUGGAGGAUCCCGAGUGCGAGGAUUUCGACUGGGGCUAUUGCAGGCCAGAGACUAUGACGACACCUGGGUGCACGGAUUAUCCACCAGGUUGGUCCGACUCUGACGGCGACGAUUGUUAUGCGUACGAGUUCAACGAGUUCUGUACGGCUUCGGGUGGUUAUGGCGCGGAGUGGGACAACAAUUGGGGCAGGUUCGGGUCUUUCGCGAUGGACGGUUACGACGCGUCCACUGCCUGCUGCGCCUGCGGCGGCGGCAGCGGCACCAACCAGGGUUACAACGACAACCAGUGCGCUGACACCGAGGGCUGGGCGGACAAAGAUGGAGACGACUGCUUUGUUUACUCCCAGUCCUUCUACUGCACCACCGCAGGGCAGCCAGGCAUUGGGUGGCACGCUCAGUGGGGCACGCUCUCCGACUUCCAAGAGGGCGGAAAGAGCGCCGUCGAGGCGUGUUGCUCUUGCGGCGGCGGCUCGACAGGCACGUACACCGGCACACAGUAUACGCCCACGCCCAACGACUACGGCACCGCGGAGGUGGAGGUGCCGAGCGACGUCGCGUGGGCCGUCGUUUCUGGCCCGUGCACGAAGGACCGCAGCGACUGCAUCCUGAGUCCGAACUACCCGAAGACCUACGGGGACGACGAGAAGUGCGUCAUCGGGGUGAACGUCGACAAGAUAUCCCACGUCACCGCCGACACGUUCUCCACGGAGUGGGGCUACGACGUGCUGAAGAUCAACGGCCAGACCUACAGCGGCACUUUGGGCCCGAGCUCUGUCAAGCCGUUGGGCCCCAUCGUCUGGACGAGCGAUUUUGAAUCGGCGCUCAAUGGGUGGAGGCUCUGCCCCCCGGGCGCCGCCCCCUUUGAGGAGGAGGGCGCGGGCGCGUCGGGCAGCGGAUCGAGGACGCUGAGCGUGCUCGUCGCCAUGGGCAUCCUGGCGCUCGUCGCGGGCGCCUGCUGGCGCAGGAUGCGGGGGACGGCGGACACGGGCCUCGGGGAGGGCAUGCCCAGGAACAUGUCGGCGGAGAGGCGCCGCAUGGAGGGCUGAGGCGCGCCCCCGCGGUGCCCGCGCCGGAGCGCGCCCGGGCCGCCCCGAGGGCGACGAGGCCCACGCGUCCGCCUCGCUGCCCGCGCCCCACGCCGGCUAGCCCUAGUCUUCGAGAUGCGACGCCGUUUCACCACAGGCGACGCUGGAUCAGGAACGAAAGGGGCUCGUCACGGCGAGCCUCGGCCACGAAGGGGCUCCCCGGCCCCGAUCUCGGGAAAACGGCCCACGGGCCGCCCUCUCAAAGUGGCCUCUACCUCGGCGCCACGGCAUCGCGAGGUACAGUGCCGCCCAGAGGUGACGACACCACCUUGCCUGUACUGUCACCACCCUUUAGCAAGUCCCAGACGGAAA